CAGAGAGACAGAGUGAGAGAGAACAAAAUGGCGGAAGCUGUCAUCGUAGCCAUUGCUGGAGAGAUCAUUGCUAACCAGGUUCCUCAAGCAUUGGAAAAGAUUGGGAAAUUAUGGGGUGUCAAGCAUGAACUCGAGGAGCUGAGAAAUAUUGUCUCCACGCUUCGAGCUGUACUCAGCAAUGCAGAAAAACAAUGCUACCAGGACGACCAAAUCCAGUUUGGCUCGACAACAUGAAAGGCGCUUUAUAUGACGCACAGGACGUGCUUGAAGAAUUCAAUAUAGAAGCUAUGCAACGAGAGCUAGGGGACCACAGUGAAGUGAUAAAAGAGGUAAGGACAUUUUUCUCAAGUUCAAACCAGCUUGCUUUUAAUUUGAAGAUGAGUUCCAAAGUAAGAGCAGUGAGGAAAAAAAUAGAAGACAUCAACAAUCGUAGGAGAUUCCACUUGGACGAGCGCCUUGUGGAUUCAGGAGUAGAGAGAAAGCAGAAGAAGACAGAAGAGAAUCAUUCGUUUAUACCAAAGGGAGUUAUUAUAGGGAGAGAUAAUGAUAAGAACACGGUCAUGGAAUUUUUGCUAGACCCAAACGUGACAGAGGACGUUUCUAUCCUUACAAUAGUUGGUAUUGGUGGUCUUGGGAAAACGGCUCUUGCUCAACUUGUAUAUAAUGAUGAGACGGCAAGUAAACACUUUCCCUUGAAAAUGUGGGUCUGUGUCUCAAAUGACUUUGACAUGAAAAAAAUAGUAACAAAGAUCCUAGCUUGUAUAAAGCAAAGAGGACCUGAGGUUGAAAUGGAACAGUUGCAACAUGACCUAAGGACAGAAAUUGGUGGAAAGAAAUAUCUCUUAGUUUUAGAUGACUUGUGGAAUGAUAAACGAGAAGAAUGGCUAAGCUUGAAAAAUUUGUUGGUGGAAGGUGCUAGGGGAAGCAAGAUCCUUAUAACCACACGCCUUCCUUUGGUUGCAGAUAUUACUGGCACUGCUUUGUCCUAUCAUCUCGAGGGCUUAUCUGAAAGUGCAUCUCUUGAUUUACUAAUGCAAAUGGCUUGUCCAAAAGAAGAAGAGAUACAAGAUCUGGACAAGCUAGCAAUUGGCAAAGAGAUAGUUAAAGAGUGCUAUGGGGUUCCCUUGGUUGUUCGAACUGUUGGGAGUUUACUAUACUCCAAGAAAACUAUAUCUGAAUGGUUAAAUUUCAGAGAUUAUGAGCUCCCAGAAGUUUCUCAAAGGGAAGACCGCAUAAUAUCUAUUCUUAGGCUAAGUUAUGACCAUCUUCCUUCCCAUUUGAAACAGUGUUUUGCAUUUUGUUCAUUGUUUCCCAAAGAUUAUGAGAUAGAGAAGCAGACUCUGGUCAAUCUUUGGAUGGCAGAAGGCUUUAUACGGCCAUCAAAUAGAGGUCAACAUUUAGAAGACAUUGCUCAUGGAUAUUUCAUGAAUCUACUUUGGAGGAACUUCUUCCAAGAAUUUCAAGAGGAUGUGGAGACUUGCAAGAUGCAUGAUCUAAUGCAUGAUCUAGCUUGCUUAGUUGCAGGGACCGAGUGUUGGGUGGCAUGGGAUGACAUAAAAUCCAUAGAUGAAAACACUCGUCAUAUGUCUCAUUAUUUCUCUUUCGAUUUGAUGGGUAGACUUCCAAUUUCAUGCUUGAAAGCAAGUGCAUUGAGAACAAUUUUGUCCCUUACCAGAUAUCAGGGAAUGGAGCCAACAAGUGAAGUAGAUAUACGCCAACUCAUUCAAAGUUUCAAAAGAUUGCGCAUCUUGGAUUUGCAUAACACAAAUAUCAAGAAGGUGCCAGGGUCCAUUUAUAAGUUGAAGCAUCUUACAUAUCUCGAUCUCUCUCAUAAUCGUGCACUCAAAAGGCUUCCUAACUCCAUCACGAGAUUGUAUAAUUUGCAAACACUUAAACUCCACAAUUGUAGAUCCCUUGAAGAAUUGCCAAGGGAUAUAGGGAAGUUAGUUAGCCUUCGAAAUCUAGACAUGAGUUUUUGUUAUAGUCUUAGUUAUAUGCCAUGUGGCCUAGGGCAAUUGAGUUCAUUGCAUAGGUUAAGUGAUUUUAUAUUGCCCAAAGAUAAAGCUCUGGUUAAGAAAUAUUGUGGACUUGGGGAGCUAAAUAGGCUUAAUAACAUCCGGGGAAGCCUUUCCAUUGAAAAUUUGGGAAGUGAGACAGAUGCAGGAAAAGAAUCCCAAGCCGCGAACUUGAUAGAGAAGGAUUUUCUGGAAAUUUUGUAUCUUUCAUGGGGCAAUUUCGAUAUUACUGACGAAGCAAUAAUUAAGAAAAGAGAUGAAGCACUACUGGAUGGAUUGAGGCCGCCGAAAAGUCUACAGGAGUUGAGUGUCUCUGGAUUUAAAGGCGAGAGAUUUCCGGGGUGGCUGACUGAUUUGCCCAAUUUAGUUGCGUUAAGAUUGUGGUCUUGCACAAGAUGUAGACAUUUCCCCCAAGUUGGCCUUAAUAAGUUGAAGAGACUCCACAUGGAGGACAUGAGGAGCCUAGAAUAUAUUCCUGAGGAGUGUUUGAAAAGUCUUACCUCGCUUGAAUCUCUUUAUUUCAACUAUCUUCCUCGGUUAACUUCCCUCCUGCCUGGUUUGCGGCAUCUAUCGAAGCUCGUGAAUCUCAAUAUUUUCGAUUGCAAGGAGCUCGAUUUAUCCAAAGAUGAAAGGGGCAACAUCAUCUUGGAUUUCCAUGGACUUCAGAGUCUCCGGUCUCUAUGGAUCGGUUGUCUUCCCAAAUUAGAAUCUCUCCCACAGUGGAUUCUACAGCUCCGCAGUCUCGAGCAUCUCGAAAUUUAUGGCUGCUACAAGUUGAAGGCAUUAUCAGAGCAGAUCGAGGCCCUUCAAUCACUUCAAUGGCUCCAAAUCCAAUGUUGCCGCUCGUUGACAUCGUUACCUGAAGGAAUGCGAAGGCUCACAUCCCUUACUCUCCUAAUAAUCUACGAGUGCCCAGAAUUGAAGGAGAGGUGCAAAAGAGAUGCAGGCGAGGACUGGUACAAGAUCGCUCAUAUCCGCCACUUAGAUAUCAUAUGCUAAUUCUCUUUCUGAAGACUAGGCAGAAGUUGUGCAGAUUUUGGUACCGACGACAUAAUGCCAGUUGAGGAUCACAAAGAACUCACUGACCACCAGUCCCAUGACAACAAACACAUGGAUUCCUCUCUUGCUAAAGCAAAUGACGCGGAAACACCAGGAGAUAAUUGUAGAAUACAUUUGGUUGCCCAAAAUUGGAGGAGAGGUGCCAAAAAGAUGCAGGCAAGGACCGGUACCAGAUAUUUCAUAUCUUGCUGAUAGAGUUGAUAAAGGUAUUUAUCAACGCCACAUGAUUCAAUUUGGGGAGAUAGACAGAUCGCUAAAAGGUCUGGACAUUGCUUUAUUCCUGAACAUGUGAGAAAAAUGAAGAAAA